GAUUAGUUAACUAAUAGGUAACUAAUUUUUGAAUCUAUUUCAUUUGUCAAUCAACUGCUUUUAAGUCCUGACAACUUAAACUCGAAUCUUUUUUUGCUCUGUCGACGUUCUACAAAUUCCUAAGUGCCUUUCCAAAAUGAAGCCACCAACCCGAAUAGUAUUGCGUUCGGCAAUCCGCCAGCAAUCUCAAUGCACACGAGCGAUCCCGACCACUUGCACCGCCCGACCCCUAAUAAACCACCCGCGCCAGAUUCACACCACACCCGCUGCGCCCGCUACUGUCUCUCCAAUCCACGGCACAGGACCUCCCCCAGAGCCACCGACGCCCACGCCCGACAGCGCCAGCGCCCGACUCGAACGGCGAAAAAAGCAGGCCGAGCUCCUCGAGAAGGCCAAGGACAUCCGCCAGGCCGAGCUCGUGUCCAAGUUCACGGCAUCGAGCAAAAAGGCCAAGGACACGGCGCUGCGCAAGCGCUUCUGGAAGGAUGUGAACGUGCGGGAGGUCGAGGGCGCGUGGGAGGUGCAUCUGGACUCGCGGCCGCUGCGCCGCCCUAACACGCGGGAGGUGGUGCGGGUGCCGCUGAGCAAGCCGCUGCUGGCGGCGGCGCUGGCGGUCGAGUGGGACAUGCUGGUGUCGGUGCAGCAGGCAACAAAGCAGCACCUGAUCCCGCUCACGGGCCUCGUGUGCCGCGCGCUGGACAUCGCGGACGACGACGCGGCGACGGCGAAGAACGGCGGGGAGGAUGGCAAGAGUCUGAGGGCCGGCCUGGCGGGCGCACUGCUGAGAUACCUCGAUACGGAUUCCUUGCUGUGCUGGGCGCCGCCGCCGUCGGAGUUCGAUGCGCCCCCCAAGGGCACCGAGACGCUGAGGGAUCUGCAGAAGCGCAAGGCGGAGGAGGUCCUGGGGUUCUUGAAGAGUCGCGUGUGGCCUGGUGUUGAGAUCGGGCCGGUGCUGGACGGGGAGGCUAUCAUGCCGAAAUCACACCCCGAAGUCACGAGGCAGAUCGUGCAGGGUUGGAUCAUGGGGCUGAAUCACUGGGAACUGGCCGCGCUCGAGAGGUCGGUGCUUGCGUGCAAGGGCGUGCUCGGCGCGGUGAGGUUAUUGGUCGAGUGGAGCGAAGGGUUCGUGGGGACGGGUAUUGGCAGUGGCCCGUCAUCGGAACAGACAAAGUUUGGUAUCGAGGAGGCGGCGAAUUUGGCCAGUAUCGAGGUGGACUGGCAGACACGGCGCUGGGGCGAGGUCGAGGAUACGCAUGAUGUCGAAAAGGAGGAUCUGAGACGGCAGCUGGGGAGUGCGGUGCUGCUGGUUAGUGGGACGGGAAGUAAAUAAAAAAGUAAUAUCAAAAUAUGCAAUGUCACAUUAUAUUUAAGAACUAUCUACGAAAGCGCAUUCUUGUCACAUAAUAUCUAGGACUGAGAUAGCAGCCCUGUACUUACCUACCUAGGUACUGAACUAGGUACUAAAUAAUCUUGUAGGCAAUUAUUAGGACAGUUAAUCAUAGACAUUAUUGUAGGGUAAGCACUAUGAUAAAUGAUUACA